AUGGCCCGCAAUCAACUCUUCAGCCACCGGUCAAGUCGCUCCAGCCGUCACAGCUCUAGACCGAAAAAGACGUGUAACGCCCCUGAUUGCCAUCGAGAGCGAAUAUCCAAGUAUCAUGAUGGCGAGACAAAGAACUCAAAGUUCUGCCACAGGCAUUGUUGCUCGCUGAGCCCCAGCUUGGGCCUGUGCUGUGCGGAAAAGAGGUCUUCGGAUGCCUUUUGCCAUGAACAUUCGACGUGUGUCGUUGAAGGCUGCAAGUCACGCAUCGAUCGAUCCUCCUCCAGGCGACUCUGCCUCCGACACAAAUGCCAUAUCCAAAAUUGCGACAACCGAGUCGACGCUCCGUCCUACAAUUUCUGCUGGGAACAUGAUCGAGCCGUCCUUGAUAGCUUCCGGCUUACUCACAUUCUGCCCGUUGCGGUGUACGCUACGCCUACGCCUUCGCCUUCGCCUCCGCCUUCUUCUCCUCGGAAUACAGUGAGACAGGAACUGGUAGAGAGCAUCGUGUCUUCCGUGGAAUCUUCGGCUGUUUCUCCCACAAGCACCGCUCCGAGUGUGAAGGAUGAGCCUGUUCAAGACGUUGCCGUCAAUGAGACUACACCUGUUCUAGUGGAUCGAAAAUCGGAGGUGAAGGCCGAGAUUGCUAGUCCAGUAAUACAAGACAAAUCUCAAUCAUUCAAGGAGGAGGAAAGUCUGCCGGCAUUCUUCUCAGGAGUGGGCGUUGGGCUUUGUAUUCUGCUGCAGAUCAUCUACGCUCUUGUACAGCUGCUGCUGGAACUCGUGCGAGGGGGUAAAAGGGGGUGGUAA